CAAGGAUCAGAUAGUGGCUCGGUACCAGCAACGGACGAGCAGGUAUUGAAUAGCGAACAUAAAAGCUCCAGCGUGCCUACGAGCAAGUGCUAACGGUCUCCGAUCGUAACGAAUUCUCGCUUCAAAAUGGCGCUAGCGAACUACGGGUCGCUAUUAGCAGCGCUGCUACUAGUGUGUGCUUGCUGUACGUCAACAUGGGCACUAAACAUGCACGAUGAGUGCCAAACCCCGGAAAACAAGCUGGGAACAUGCGUGCUAUUGCGAUCAUGCGCCCCGAUCCGCAAUCUGCUACUGAAACCCGAUCAAACUGGCGACGAUCGCGAUUAUCUGAUGAAAUCCCAGUGCGGUAUGCAGGGCAAAUCAGUGCUUGCCUGUUGCCCGUUCUCGCGCAAGCUUCCAUCACGGUUCGAUGCACCGGUAGAGCUGCCAAAACCGGGCGAGUGUGGAGUGAUGGGAGUUUCGGAUCGCAUCCACGGAGGAACGGAAGCACCUCUUGGAGCCUACCCGUGGCUAGCAAGGAUUCAAUAUUAUAAAAGCAACAAUCGCUAUGGUUUCCAUUGUGGCGGCGUGCUUAUCCACAGUCAGUUCGUGUUGACCGCGGCGCACUGUAUCGAGGGAGUACCGUCGAGUUGGAUUGUGUACCAGGUACGGCUUGGAGAGCACGACACACAGACAGCCACUGACUGCGUCGAUGAUGAAUGCGCCGAUCCAGUUCGGGAUGUGCUGAUCUCUAAUUAUGUCCUACAUCCCGAAUACUAUAAAGAGAAUGGGGCCGAUUACAACGAUAUUGCACUGCUACAGCUGUCGGAAACGGUUGCAUUUACCGAGUUCAUACGGCCCAUCUGUCUGCCGACGGCGGCUAGCAUGCGAGCGGACAAUCUAACGGGCAAGGUCGCAUCAGUCGCCGGCUGGGGCCAGACGGAAACGAGCUCAUCGAGUACCAAGAAGUUACAUCUGCAGGUACCGAUCUGGGACAAUGAUGCAUGUGCCGAGGCGUACACGGACGUGCGGCUCAGUAUCAUCCCUACGCAGGUGUGCGCCGGUGGCGAGGCAGGAAAGGACUCGUGCCGUGGCGAUUCCGGUGGCCCGCUGAUGCGCUAUGCGACCUAUAACGGAUCCAACAGAUACUGGUUCCUGAUCGGAGUCGUGAGUUUCGGAUUGGAACGUUGCGGCACAUCCGGAGUCCCGGGAGUCUACACGCGGAUUAGUGAAUACACGGACUGGGUCCUGGAGACGAUGGAAUAGAUUUGCGCAAAAAUGAUCCCGCCUGAUUCGCAAGGAUUGCAUACCGUUAUGCAAGAGCAUUCAAAACGCAAGCAAGCGGCAAGAGCAGCUCAGUUGUUGGCUUACAUGCGAACAGUUCGCUCGAUUCGAUUCAUUUAUCGUCUUCGUUUCUAUAGCAACCUCCUAUACGAAACGCAUUGUAUCGCGAUGGUAGCAAUUAGCAUGCCAUCAGCCCGACUCUGUUCGUCCAUGUGGCGGUUCAGUGUUACGGUUGUUGUGUUUGUCUUUGCGCUGCAAUGUCCAGCCGGCAGGGCACAGUAUCUUGGAAGUUCCUGUUUAACGCCAGAGCGUAAUAGCGGUACGUGUGUUCCGGUGGUUCAGUGUAACAGCAUACGAGCGCUCCUCAGCAAACCGGUUUUGACGGCGAACGAUGUUCAAUAUCUCGAGAGUAGCCGCUGUGGAGUGCUGGAGAAGAAAGUUCUCGUUUGUUGUGGAGCGCAGAGUAACGGUCCAACAUCCACAGUAACACAACCGGGGCAAGUACCGGCAACAGUUGCUGUUACUGUCGCACCGCGGAUAUCGUUGGAGGAACGAGCGAAGCUGCUGCCAGCCGAGUGCGGCAUUCAAUACACGGAUCGAAUCAUCGGUGGUGAACGGGCCAGGAUUGAUGAGUUCCCUUGGACGGUGCUUAUACAGCAUCGAAAGAGAAAUGGCCAGCUAGCGUUCCAUUGUGGUGGAGCACUCAUAAGCAAACGCUACGUUCUAACUGCUGCACAUUGCAUCAACAGCAUUGCUCGAUCGUGGACCAUAACUGCCGUUCGGUUAGGUGAAUGGGACCUUCAGUCGGAGAACGAUUGUCAAACGUUCUUCGAUGAGGAUGUCUGUUCCGAACCGGUGCAGGAUAUACCGGUGGAAAGAAUCAUCGUGCACCCGCAAUAUCGUGCAACACUGUCACAGGUGAAGAAUGAUAUCGCUCUGAUACGACUGGCUCAGCCAGCAAGUUUCAAUGACUUUGUGCAGCCGAUUUGCUUGCCCUUGAGCAGCGAGGCCCGGACUACAUCGUACGAUGGUAAAAUCGUACAGGUUGCAGGAUGGGGCCAAACAGAAAAUGUCACCCAAAGCCAAUACAAAUUGUUUGUGAGCGUUAAAGCAGUACCUGAGCAGAUCUGUCAGCAGACUUACCCGGGCGGUGCUAUUGAUAUUACCCAGCUGUGCGCCGGUGGUGAAGCAAACAAGGACUCCUGCCGCGGGGAUUCUGGUGGAGCGCUAAUGUUUCCCGAGCAGAGUAGCGCUGGACCAGUGAUGUACAUAGCUGGAAUAGUGAGCUAUGGAAGGAAGUGUGGCCUCGCAGGAGUGCCUGGAGUGUACACACGCGUCAAUCAGUACCUGGAAUGGAUAAUAGGAAAUCUAGAUCCUUAAUCGGAUAUAGAAUGUGGCAACGUCUUGACUAUCUGGUCAGUCCUCGCAAAAUGCAACAAAACUAUAACAACUGAAAAUUACGACCAGUCUGCAUUUAAUGAUGACGAUUGCCGAAUAACAACAAGAUUAUCUUCAGAACGGAAAUAGUGCGAUAUCUAUCCAUUUCUACAACCGAUCGUUUUAUAGAUCCAGUACAAGUGCUGGUCAACCUUGGUAAACACAAGGUGCUUGGCAAAGUUGGCACAGUUGGAAAUGGAAUUGAGAACACCAAUCAGCUCAUACACAGUUUUGUUGCCUUGAAUCUUACUACGCGUCAAGCUACCUCCAUCAUCACCAAAUACAUCAUCGUGUGAAACAGCACA